CCAAAGCAGUCAAAAAGACCAACUGCAACAUAAGUUUAUUUUUAUUGUUUUUUUAGGCGAAUAAUACGGGGCACAUUUUUCGCUACAAAGCCCAUGUGACCCAUGCGCAUACAUCUCAAGGUCAAACCAAAAUGGCAGCGCCCAUGAGGGAGAGCACGCCUGCUGCUAUCGCCGACUUUCGCUGGUUUACUCGCCAUCGGCUCAUCGAAGAUGAGGACGCCUGUCUCAGUUGUUCGCGUUCUCAGACGCUCUUCCACCUCCCUGUCCACGUCGCCGGCGUUUCUUAGCGACGACAAGCGAGCCAGGGCUCUCGUGUCCACGUCGCGGUGCAUCUACCGCAAUCUCGCGCUUGAGCAGUGGCUCUACGAAAAUGCCGAGUUUUCGCCCGGCUCACCAGGCGUGCUGCUCAUGUGGUGGAACGCGCCGGCGGUGGUGAUCGGGCGUCACCAGAACCCAUGGGUCGAGUGCAGCCUCAGCACGGCCGCUCGGCUCGGUGUCACCUUGGCGAGGAGAAACAGCGGCGGCGGCACGGUUUACCACGAUACCGGCAAUCUCAACUGCUGCUUCAUGGGCCACAAGCGCGACUACAACCGCAAGGCAAACCUGCAGUUUAUCGCCGACACACUGAAGGCAGUCUGGGGUGUACACUGCACCAUCAACUGCCGGGACGACGUGCUCGUCCAAAACGCCUUCAAGAUAUCUGGCACAGCUGCCAAGAUAGGCCACCAAAAGGCAUACCAUCACUGUACAGUGCUUGUCAAUGUGAACACCACCGUGCUGCAUCAAGUCCUAGGAGGACGCUAUACUAACAUUGAGAGCAAAGCAAGUCCAAGCGUGCGAGCAUCUGUCAAGAACAUCAGAGAGCUUUGCCCUCGUCUGACUGUGGAGUCCCUGUCGGCCUCACUUGCUACCAGGUUCACCCGCCAGCAUCAAGAAGAAGCGACAAACAAAGCAGUGAAUCAAGUCGUCCACCUUGUUGAUCCAUUAGAAGAACACUUCCCAGGAAUCGAUGCCAUGUGUGAAAAGCUUCAGAGCUGGAAGUGGAUAUUUGGAACAACACCCAAGUUUACAAUCAGUGAAAGUUUCCCGCUUCCUGCUUCAGAGGCCAGUUCACUUGAUCUUGGAGAUGGCUUGGGACUUAAUGCGGUGCUGAAAGUAGCGCUGACGAGUUACCACGGCCUAUUGGAGGACAUACGCAUAACACCGGGCUUUCGCAGCCAAGGACUGCUGCCUGUGAUAUCUGACAGGAUUCGUGGUGUGCGGUUUUUACAGAGUGACAUUGCUGAAGCAUUCAAGAAAAUUAAGGACAGCAAUCCUGACAACAGUGACAUUAUAGAAUUUUAGGAAAGUGUUGUACCACUCUAGCUGGAAAUGCUCAGAGGUGACCAUUUGCCUGUGUACUAGUUUAUUUUUUUAUUCUCAGAUAUGUUAACAGUUUCGCGUCACAGACGUACAGACCCAGCGGUGUCCAUAAUUGUGCCAAUUUUGCCUGGGAGAUCAUUAGGGUCGCUCGUGCAAUGGAGAUGGCAAGUUGUUGCACUACUCUUGCUGGAAAUGCCCAGAGGUGACCAUUUGCCAGGGUACUAGUCCAUUUUUUAAAUUGUACUUAUAUAAUAGAUUAUAAUAGUUUUAUGUAAUAGAUGCACAGACCAGUGAAGUUGCCAAUGCAAAAUUUUGCCAGUGAGCUCAUUUGGGUUGCCCAUGCAGUGGAGAUGAGCACCCUUUUUGUUUACACCAGGACUUCCCAUGGCCAAAACGAAUUCAACCCCAUCCCCCCUUGGGUGGAUUAUUAUCCUGUAUAAAUUAUUCAAUAAUUUCGUGCACUUGUUCUCAUAUUUAAGCUGUUCAAUUCAUUCAUCACAAAAGUUAUCGUGAGGCCAUGGAUAAGCACAUCAGUGGGAAAAGUAAGUGUGUUUGUGUGGAAUGGGGUGAUUCCGAGGCACUCUUGGGAGGCAGGUGGGGUACUCCAAGGCCAGAAAGUUUGGGAACACCCGGCCUACAUCAACACUGACAGCAGUUCCACCGCAUCUUCAUGGUGUCACGUUUCUCAGUCUUCACAUACUUUGUGUUGAUCAACAAAUACACUUAACACAUCCACACUUCACUUCAUGCACUUUGUAAUGAAGACUC